AUGAAAUACUCAUCAAUUACUUAUAUUACUACAAUUAUUAUACACAGUUUGGUGGUAUUAUUAGAUCAAUUUGUAGAAUCAGAGAGCUGGAAAAGCCCGGUUGUAAGCUCUUCUGGACUAGUAUGCCAAGACAACCCAGCUGUUGCGGAAAGUGGAUAUUCUUGUUCUUUUUUAGCUAGACGAUUUGGAGGUUUUUUAGGAUGUGAAAAGUUAUUGAAAGAUCUUUCCCAAGAUAGCCUACCAACUGGGAUUCCUGGAAACACACGUGUUGUAGACGCCUGUCCUGCAUCUUGCAAUAAAUGUAAAGAAUGCUCUCAUGGAUGUGCUAUUUGGUUUAUUGGGAAUGGAGUAUGUGAUAAAGAGUGCAACAAUCCAAAUUGUCAAUUUGACGGUGGAGAUUGUUGGAAAGUAGAUUGCAAACUAUCAUCUUGGUCUCACUGGUCCUCAUGUUCUGUAUCAUGUGGACCAGGUGGAAGGAUAACUAGAACAAGGCAAGUUAUAGUACAACCUAGAAAUGGUGGAGAAACUUGUGGAGCUUUAACUGCUGAGGAGACAGGUUGUAACUCUCACAUACCAUGUCCAUUAAGUUGUAAUGUUUCAAAUUGGACUGAAUGGAGUCCCUGUUCAACAUCUUGUGGAAUAGGAAGACAAAUGAGGGAAAGGUCUAUUAUAAUGGCUCCAAAAGACCAGAAUAUGUAUCAGUGUCCUGAAACAAGACAAGUAAGAGAGUGCAUGCUAGAUACCUGUGCUGCAAAUUGUACCUUAGGAGAUUUUUCACUUAAAUCCAUGAUUUCUAAAAAUCCUUGUAAAGAAGAUGACACCUGUAUAGAGAGACGAGAAAUUAUUACACCUCCAUUUAAGAAUGAAGAUCCUGAAUAUACAUGUAUUGUAGAGGAAAGACCAAUUAAAUGUGAAACGGAACAAUUGAAUUGUCCAAAUACAUGCAAAUUAUCUGAGUGGUCUGAGUGGUCUCCUUGUACACAUUUUGACGUAGAAUAUAAAGACAAAAUAUCUCAGAGGAGGAUUCGCUAUGUUAUAGAGAGGCGAGAAGAUGAUUUAAAUUGCAAAGAUGUAACUGAAUUUAAAGACUGUAGUUCAGACUUAGGACUUAGUGUACAAAGACUAUUAGAGUGUGAGAUGAGUCAAUGGUCAGCAUGGUCAGCUUGUUCUUCAACUUGUGGCAAUGGAUCUCGUUUAAGAACUCGCUGGUUACUAAGUGGACCUAACAAUGCAGAGACUGAGAAAUGGUUAAAUACAGAUAGUAUUUGUGGACCUUUAUUUCAAACAAAGUUCUGCAAUGAAAUGGCUUGUUUGAAUGAAAGAUGUAUUGUAUCAGAAUGGAAUGAAUGGAGCAAAUGUUCAAGUAAGAUAUGCAAUAUUGCAGGCUUAUCAAAGAGAUCUAGAAGUAUUGUUACAUAUCCCAAGAAAGGGAGUUGCCCUCCUCUAGAAGAAAGCAAGGAUUGUUUUGGUAGUUGUGAUGCAUUGUCUUUAUUAGAUGACGGGAAGUGUAAUUUGGGAGAGUGGUCUACAUGGUCUAGUUGUGAAGAUGAAUGUAGAACAGUAUUAGACUCACAUUUAGAUACUAAAAAUAUACUAGAACCAAACAAAGUAAACAGACAUAGACAUCGCACAAUUAUUUAUAAUCCAAACAAUUUAAACUGUGAAUUAUAUAACAAUUAUAUGGAAAAGAUAGAAUGUUCUGAUGAAUGCAACAUACAAGAUCUGGAUGAUUGCAAAGUUUCCAGCUGGGGAUCAUGGUCAGAAUGUAGUGCAUCAUGUGGUGGAGGUUCAAGACGAAGAUUAAGGAGAAUAAUAAACAAAACUGGGAAUAUAAAAGGAGUGAAGCAAUCACUUCCAGCCAAUAGAUUAAAUUGUCCUGCAUUAUUAGCUAUUGAAAAGUGUAAUACUUAUCCUUGUACUGAGAGAUGUAUUUUCGGAUCUUGGUCAGAACCAUCUGAAUGCUCCUCUAAAUGUGGGUUUGGAAUUACAAAAACAACAAGAAAAGUCAUUUCUCCUAACCAUUUUGGAGAUUCACAAAAAGUAUUGUCUACUGUUUGCGGAGUUUUAGAAGACAGUUCUAAAUGCUUCGCAAUGUCUACAGACUGCAAGAGCAACUGUGAAGUGGGAGAGUGGUCAAGUUGGACAGAAUGUAGUGUAACUUGUGGUGAAGGUUUUCAGAGUCGUCAAAGAAAGCUAAUAAUCCCUUCUAUAAAUAGAAAGUGUAACUUUUCUACUGAAGAUUUCAGACCAUGUUCAAUGGCUUCAUGUUCAAAUGAAUGUGUUGUAUCAUCCUGGUCAGAAUGGUCUUCUUGUUUAGGAAUAUGUGGUAUGAAACCUACAAGAAUCAGAGAACGUCUGGUUUUAGAACUUCCAAUAACUUCGAAAAAGUGCCCUCAUUUAAUAGAAACUAAAGAAGAUGAUAAGGAGUGUCCAGAAUUCAUAGAAUGUCCUCAGGACUGUGAAGUUUCAGAAUGGAGUGAAUGGAGUGCUUGUGGAGUCAAUUGUGGGAUAGGAGUUCAAAAUCGAGUUAGGGAAAUCUUAAAAUAUAAUUCUGAUAAUGGGCUACCAUGUCCAUCUUUACAAGAUUACCGUCCCUGUGCUGAGAGAGCCUGCAAAAUGGACUGCACCUUAAGUGAGUGGAAUGAAUGGUCAACUUGCAGCAAAACAUGUGGUAGUGGCUCUAAAUCUAGGACUAGAACUAUACUAAACAAACCAAAUGAUGGCCUACCAUGUGGACACCUUAGAGAAUUUCAAUCUUGUAACGAGUUUCAGUGCAUUGCUACACGUGACUGUGAAGUUGGACAAUGGUCAGCUUGGUCUCCUUGUACUGCAACUUGUGGAGGAGGUAUUAAGCGACGUCAGAGGGUUAUCCAAGUAGCAGCCACAGGUGGAGGACGCUGUGAAUUUGAUUUAACUCAGAAAGUUGGUUGCAAUGGCUUUAGAUGCCCUGAUGAAGCUUGUAUAGAUCGUCCAGAAGCCCAAGAAGUCGUACCUUGUGCAAUAUUAAAAGCUAUGUUUGGAUGUAAAAAACGUCUUGUUGAUGUUGCCAAAGCUAAUGGAGUACCCUAUCCGGAUGAUAAACCAACUGAAGCUAGAAUUAUGGAUGGCUGUCCAGCCACGUGUGGAAUGUGCUCAGAAUGUGCCCCUAAUUGCCAAUUAAGAGAUAUUGGGAAUCUUCAUUGUGAUAUAGCUUGUAACAACGCAAAUUGCAGGUAUGAUGAUGGAGAUUGUGAAAAUAAUGAAACUAGAAAUCCAAGAAGUACCUGUAUUCUUCCCAAAGCUCCUGAAGGUGUAGUUUAUAAGCUAAUUCUAGCAGGAGCUACAAAGGAAAUCAGCGACACUAUAGAACCUGGUACGUCAACUUCAGCAAUAGAAAUAAGUGGAACUGCUCAAUAUAGUGUGACUAGUUUGAAUAAUAAAGACAACUUAUUUAGUGUGCCAGACUCACUAACAUCUUCUACUCUUUUACAGCCAGAAUAUAAAAGAGGGGAUGUAGUCAUUGUGCAAUGUAAUCCAGGCUACAGAUUCAGAAGAUACUCAGCAAUACCAUUCUUUAAGUAUCAAUGUAAUGAAAGCGGGUUUGUGCAACAAAUGGAGCCAAGUGGUGUUCCUUUGUUGUAUGUAGAUGGUGAUGGAAUUCCUCGUAUUCCUAGCUGUGAAGAAGAUCAAUGCCCUUUUAUUAUUAUUGAAAAUGCCCCCCAAGUUCUAAAUUCUGUUAAUACAGUUUACAAAAGAGAUUCAAAACAUGCAUAUACUUAUAUAAUGUUUAGAGAUAUAGGUGAACCUAUUUACAUAACUGGAGAUCACCAUAGACUAAUUAUUGGACCUGUUGGGACCUUAUAUCUCAUAUCUAUUGAGCCAUUCUAUCCUGAAAAUAAUGAUCCACAAACUGAAAAAUAUACACUUUGGUCUCUUGUUGACAUUGGUAUUCAAAAAGUUCUACAGGAAUUUGUAGAAAUUCAUCCUAUAUGUUCUAAAGACACUUUAGAAAGACAACUAAAAGAGCAAGAAUUUCAGCCAAAAAGACUUUUGAAAAGUCUUGCAUAUAAUUUACAUUUUGAGAAUAUACCCAACUCUAGAAUUACUUAUACUAAUAGAAAUAAAUUGGAUUUUCUUAAUUUUACUGGCACACUUAAACUACUAAGAACUCCAGAAAUUCCGAAUAUUAUAGAUUUAAAGAAUUUACAAGGUUUAAUUGAUAUAAAUGGCACAUAUAAUUUGCAAAAUACAUCAAAUUAUAUCGAAUUACAAGGCAAUAUGAGUAAAAAAGCUCCUGAAGUAGAGAGGAAAAAUAAGAAUAAGUUGAGAUUCUUGCAGCAAGUAUAUAGUCAGUUUGAAGUAAAUGAAGACUCAAAUAUCUUAACUAAUACAAAUUUAUCUUCAUCUGAAAUUAAGAGGAUUUUACAAACAAAACCAUCAACAGAAGUUCUAGGUAAAAUUAGAUAUUGUGAGGACCAACCAGAAGUUGCAGAAAAUGGAAUUUCAUGUAGUAGUUUGGUUUCAAUGUGUGACUUUGCAAUACCUAGUCCAGAGACAUAUGGAUUACCUCCAAAUAGUUAUGUAUGGCAAAUAUGUCCAGAAACCUGUAAAAAGUGUGAAGAAUGUUCACCUGGGUGCCCGAAGUGGUUUGUAGCUAAUUCAGUAUGCGAUAAAGCUUGCAAUAACUCGGAAUGUAAUUUUGAUGGGGGAGAUUGUACUGAAGCUAAAGAUGAGAAGCAAGUAGAAGAAGAGUUUCCAACUCAAGAAGCAGAACAGAGCUCUUCGAAUGUUAGUUUUAGUCAUACUGAUUCAAUUGACUCAACUGAUUCUUCUUUAAUCGACAACUCUCCUGUUCUUGAGGGACCGAUUACAUAUUUUGCAGGUAAAUUCAGAAAUUGCGUGGAUAUUCCUGAACUAAUGGACUCAAGAGCUAAAUGUAAAGCUCUCAAACAGGCUUGUUUGCUAAGACUACCACUAACACCAUCAUCUAAAGAAGCAGGACUACCUACAACAGCUACAAUCAAACAAAUAUGCCCUAUGACAUGUGGAAUAUGCGAAGAAUGUGCUCCAGGUUGUCCUAAGUGGUUUCUUGGCAAUAAUUACUGCGACUUAUCUUGCAAUAAUUCCCAGUGUCACUUCGAUGAAGGAGAUUGUGAUGAUGGAAAUUUACAAAAUAUGGUUCCUUCAUCUCAUUCUUUAUCAAUAAUUAGACCUGAAUUACUUUUACCAAGCAAAGUGAAUAUAGAUUCACUUUGUAUGGAUCAUCCAGCUAUACCAUUAAUGUUCAAGACAACUUGCAAAGAUAUAAAAUCACGUUAUGGUUGCAAUGUUACCCUAGAUAAAAUAAAACCAAAUAUAAUCACUCCUAAGGAUUUGACUCCUAAAUCAACAGUAAGACAAGCAUGUGAGUACACAUGUAACGCAUGUUCAACUUCAUUAAUACAAAAUAAACCAUCAUCCAUAAUAGCUCCAGUCAAACCAUUUACAACAGUUAUGGGUAAAAAAAGAUAUUGUGAGGAUCAACCUGAAGUAGCUGAAAAGGGAUAUAAUUGUGCAGAUCUUGCAGUUAUGUGUAAUACCCCUAUACCAAGUGCAAAAUCUUAUGGACUUCCAGAGGGCUCUCAUUUAUGGCGUGUUUGCCCCUAUACAUGUCAAAAGUGCGAAGAGUGUUCACCUGGAUGCCUACUUUGGUUUAUUGGAAAUACUGUAUGUGAUCAAGCUUGCAAUAAUUCAAAUUGCGAUUUUGAUGGUGGUGAUUGUGCUCAUUUAUUAGACAAUGGAAACAUGGAAAGAGACGAAGACAAGAUAAAUACCACCAACUCACUGAUACACACAGUCCCUCCAAAAAUUUCCACUAGAAAUGAAGAUUUGAAAGAUGAAAAAUUUUCAAAUAAUGAAAAGCAAACAGAUACUGAAAUUGUAUCUCCAGAUUUUUCAGCAUUAGACACUAAUGUAUACCCAUGUCAAGACGACCCUAGAGUUGAAGAGGCAUCUGGAUUUACUUGCCGACAAAUACUAGGAGUAUUUGACUGUAGUACUCCCUUAAAAGACCUACCUGGGUCUCAAUUACCACCCGAUAUUCCACAGAAUACUUUACUACUUCAUGCUUGUGCUGAAUCUUGUGGUCUUUGUAAUACUGACAACACUAGUAUAGAUGGUAACACAAAAUUGUCCAAUUCAUUUAUUUGUAAGGAUGACGUCUUAUAUAACAUAAUAGAAAACAAAUGCAGAGAUAUAAUUAAUUAUGCAGUUUAUAUUGGACAAGUAUGCAAUGAAUCUCUUGAAAAUAGAGCUAUCUUCAAAAACCCCAAACUUGUUUCACAAUAUUCUUCAAAGAAAAUUUACGACCACUGUCCUAAAUCCUGUGGUAGGUGCCGAGAAGAGUGUAAUGAUGACCCUAAAAUACAGCCAGGCGAAUGUAGAAUUGCAAUUGAAACUGCUAAUAUACUUGGGUAUGGAUGUGAUAUUCCACUACUACAAGUGAGCGUGUCAUUAGCUGAAAGAUUUAACAAUAAUAAGGAAAAUUUACGUUUAAGUGAUAUUUGUGCAAGAUCUUGCAAUUAUUGUUCUAAUUAUGGAGUAAGCUAUCUUUCUAAGCCAAAUAGAUCUUUUUGCUCAUUUCAUUCUACUAAACAAUGGGGACCAGGGUACUAUAUGGAGUUUACAGAAAAAAAAAGUAAUUUAAGCUCUUUCAAGAGUAUUGAUGACCAAUCUUCUACAAAUUUAAUUGUAUCUAAUGAUGAGACUUCUAAAGUGCAAAGUAAUUUACUAGUAAGUUGUGCUACAGGUUUUACAACACCAUCUUUAUCAUCUUCUACUGUGGAAGCUGUCUGCGACCUUGAAAAGAAUAUUUAUGUACUUCCAGAACAAUUCAAAUGUGAAGAACCUCAUGUUCAAGUUAUGCAAGUAAUUCUUCAACUUGAAAGAGCUGCAGAUUUAGAUUAUAAAAGUGUAUCAUCUAUUUAUACAGCUUUAUAUUCAUCUCUACCUAUAUAUCAACACAAUGGAUUACGUUUAGAAGCUAUUAGUACUGGGACUUUUGAUAGAGAUCCUAUAGAUGAUAUCCCAAUAGAAUGUGCUGAUCAGGAUAAUCAACUCGAAUCAUUUGGGAUUUCUUGUUCAAUGCUAAAGCCAUUUUGCUCCAAAACUCUUGCAGAACUGGCAAAGCAAUUUAAUCGCGAAGUUCCGGCAGAUGUUUCUGCUGAUAUUGAAGUAUCAGUGGCUUGCCCUAUAACUUGUAAUAGCUGUGAUAAAUUUAAAGAAGCUGUAAAUAAGCUAAAGAAUCAAGAGAACGAAGAAGUCGAAGAUGUCGCCGAAAUAUCUGAUACGAGAGAUAGCAAGAGUGGGUUGAAAAAUUCGAAUAUUAAAGAUAAUGUACAAAAUAAAGAUGACUAUUCUUUUAUAGGUCCUUUAUAUAUAAUGUUUGCUGUCGGAUUUUUCUCCUCAUCUUCUGCAGGAAGAGAAGCUUCCUUUAAAAAAGCUCUUAAGGAUCCCAGCGUAUCACAAAGAUUUAUUACUAGCCUAAGAACUCAAUUUGCUUCUAGAAAUGUAAAGCUUACCCCUAAAACAGAAGAUAUUGACACAAUUAAUAUCUUAAAUACAGAAAACACAAUGAGUUUAGCGGAUGGAAAUUCCAAAAUUUUGGAUUUACUAACAAGUAAAAAUUACAGACUAGCAGCAGAUGCUAUAGAUCAAAGACCUAUAAAAGCGAAAUUCCACUCUGAUAGGAUGAUAAGGAUGUUGAAAAGUAGAUGGGAUAAUUUAUAUGCAGGUCCUAAAAGUGGUCCAUCCAAUGAUAUGAAUUUAGAUGAAGAUGCCCGAAAUCUCUUUUACUCGAGCGGAAUAACAAUGCCAUUUAUACUUACUGCAACUUUUGGUCAAAAGGAAUCUCUUUUUUUAAAAAGGCCUCUUCCAUAUCUGCGAAAUUUAUAUUUAAAAUGUAAACUAAACAGUCAACCUAUUAAUAAAAACGGACUUACUUACUUUGACACUAAUCGUGAAGGUAAUACAGCUAAAGGUGAGAAAUCUGUUGAAUAUGAAGAUUGCUGUUUAUUUCCCAUCCAAUUUAGAAGAAUCCUCGUUCAAGGAGGAUGUGGAUCCCUAUUAUAUGAUAGAGAACCAACAGGAGCUCAAGUUGACUUAUUUUGUAGGGGAGGAGCACUGCAAAAAGAAGUUAAUGAUACAAUAUCGAUGAGAUCAUCUUCUAAACCACUAACAAGUUCCUUCAUAGGAUCUAAAUACUCAAGUAGCAAUUCAAAACAGUCUUUCUUUUCGAAUUUACAGUCCAUUGAAACCUCUUUAAAAGAUGAAUUUUCUACAGUUCACUCUACUAAUAUAGAUGAUCCUUAUGAAGUUCCUUCUUGUUAUCACAAAUUUUAUAACCUUAUAAAACGAUAUUCAAUGAAACAGGGGACUUUGUGUAAUACAAUAAAGUAUGCACAACAACUAAUUGAUUCAUGGUGCUAUAUCUCUCCUAAAUCAGACCCUGAUAAGCCAAAAGAUAAUGAACGUUAUUGUUUUAGUAAAAUUAAAACCACAAUAAACACUGCAAUUGACCCAGAAGAAUUCGUAUCAUCUCAAUUAAGUGAAAUUGAGUCUCGAUGUGAUGCUUAUGGUUGUUAUAGAUCUCAUCUUAAAUAUUUUGAUUCGGUAACUCAACUCCAUUAUGCUUGGGGUUAUCCUCUCCCUCCUUCACCUCUAAAAAAACAAAUUGAAUUAGAGAUGAGAAAUACAGAUUUUGGGAGCUCAGGCCCAACAAGUGGAUAUUCUGAAUUUGGAUAUUCAUAUCCUUCACUUGCAUCUCUCGGAUUAGAUGUGAUAUUAGGAGAAACAAAUGAAAGCUGGCUUGACUUAAUGUGUACUAAAACUUCAGACAGAUCCUUUUGUCAAGAAUCCCUUUCACUCCUUCUAGAAAAAGACCCUAUUAAAAGUCGAACUCUGUUUCUUAAUCCUUGUGAUUCAAAAUGUUUUAUUAUAGUUGCCGGAAAGUUAGGGACUUAUUUACAAAGAUAUGGGAAAACUAUUCGAGAUCCUCAAGCUGAAUCACUUGGCCUUCUAUUAAGGCACUAUUCAAGACAUUUUUGCUUAAAAAAUGAAAAAGGACAAACUUGUGGACCUUUAUUGUUUGCAGGAGCAUCGGCAGCUCUUGAAGCAUCUUUGAAUUUCAAUAACUCAAAUAUUAAUAGUGGAAGGACGAAGAAAGAAAUGAAUGAAAGCAAUGAAAUAAAUACCACAUCAAAAAUGCAGUCUUUAUCUAAAGUGUCUGGAUUUCAAGCAAUAAAUAAUUCCGGAUACUGCAGCCCAAGUUGCUUUAGUCAGUAUGUAGGAGAUGGAAUGUGUGAUUCACAUUGCUUUAAUGAAUCUUGUAACUGGGAUGCGGAUGAUUGCAGAGUGUCAUCUAUGUACCCAGAAAUAUAUGUUCCACUUCAAGAACUUUUUAAUGGUUGUAUUGGUAUUGGAACAGAAGUUAUAGGAGCAACAAAUUAUAAUGACUUGGGUGACCAAACUAAAUAUCAUAACUUAACCCCUUAUUAUCCAUCGUGCUCUUCAAUAUGUAAAGCUCGCCAUUCACUACUAACAGAUACUUUAGGAUGUUGUACUGCCAUUGCAAUGGAUCUUUAUCACUCCCUUAAUAUAUUAGAUAAACACUUACCAACAAUAACAUCUUCAUAUUCCUUUAUCACACCUUCGGACCAUUCAUGGUGGUGGUCUAUAUCUAGACUUGAACAGAUAUGUAGUAUGACAUUUGACAGAACAUGCUCUCAUGGUUCACCAAGACCUGUGUAUCAUCUCUUACUAGGUAUCAACCAACCUGAAUCCACAUUAAUAUCUAAUGACCCCAAUGCAGUUCAAAUGGUUACUCACAUUGUAAGUCAACAACUAGGGAUUGUAGAGUCUGAUAUUACAAAAGUCACUAUUACAGCAGAACCCAAAUCUUAUACUGUAAAGCAAUAUAAAUAUAUUAUUGAAGUUGUCAUUGAUUUGGGUACUAUAAACUUCAUCGAUAUGCGUCCUCUAACACCCUCACUUUGGGAACAUAGACGUCUUGAAGAAAAAUUAACCAUAGAUUUUUGUAGUGAAACUGGGGAUAUUCUACAGAAUAUCUCAUGCUAUGUAAAAAUUAUUUCAAUAUCAACAAAAAUAGUAACUUCAAUUGGAGUAAAUAAGUCAAUACCUCCUCCCUUACCAUGGAUGAAUUCUGUAGGAUUUCAAAGUAUUAAUCAAAAUCAUUUCGACUUACCAAUGGAACCUUGUUCACUAAACAAUCCAUACUUUCAAGAUAAUAGUAGAUAUAUGAUUAUUACUACUAAUGUUGUUAAUAUCUCAGAAAUGAGACAAAUCUCAUAUCCUCAUGGAACAAAAUUUACAAUAAAAUGCUCAAAUAAUAAAUAUUAUGCUUCAUCAGGUAGAUCACCAGAUAUAAUAUACUGUAAUAAUGGGAGAUGGGAUACAAAUACGAAUAUUCAGUGUAAUAAACCAUGUAAACCUUUACAGAAUUUUCCAAAUGGACUUGUUCGAAAAUUUAACAAAUAUACUACAGAUGGGAAUUCCCUAAUUAACCAUGCAACUUCAAUAAAUGUUGCUUGCUCAUCUGGAUACUCUAGUACUACGCAUAUUAUAGAAGACGUGAUAAAGUGUUUUGAUGGUGAAUGGAUAUACCCAAAAUUUGAAUGCAAAAAGAGAUGCAUUAACUUACGUAGUGGAAGUUUGGGUGAAGGUCACAUUGUUGCGGGAAUAGAAUAUCGCCAUGGUGAUCAAAGAAAAGUAUCUUGCUCCAAUGGUCAUUAUUUAUCUCCCAAAUCCGGGAAUAUUGGAAAUGAAGUAUUGAAAAGUGAAAGUUAUUCUUUUGAUGCUAGUUCAGAUGUUGAGGAUUCCAUUAAAAGGGGAUACUUUUUACUUACAUGUAAGAAUGGAGAUUGGGAAUCGCAACCCCUCAUAUGUGUUAAGGGAUCCCUUACUGAUUUUAGCCAUGUGAAGCGUGGAAUAGAAGUGACAUUCUCACAUAUAUUUUCAUUAACCACUUUAAUUGGAGUAUCUGUAAUAAUUGCGAUCAUAGCUGUACUUGUAACAAUAAUAUUUUGGAUGUGGAAAUUGAAAUAUAAACAAUUAACGGACUUGUACGACUUUGAUCAAUAUGAAAGAGUUCAAAAUGCUCGAAGAGUUCUAUUACAACUUUAUGGCCUUGAUCCUACACAGAGUUAUGAACAACCAACUACUGAAACUGUUUCAAAUGACGAUGAAAAACGUCAGCACUUUUCUAGUUGGGAAGGUUCAGAACAAUAA